AUUACUACAGAAUUCAGACGGAAACGUCCUCGGCAGGGUCGUCCGGUAGCAGAGAGUACUCAGAACUUGCAACGAUGAAAUUCUCGACGGCAGCGACACCGCUGGUGAUCCACCUGAUGUUGACCCUGAACACCAUUCGUCAGUCCAGUGCCGCCCCAGAAAAUGGCAAAUAUGACAAGAAGAAGUACGGAUACGGAAACCACGGAAAAUACACGCACACAACCUCAGGUGAUUAUGUAGAUGAUGUGGACCGCUACCGCUACGUCCACUACGACGAUGGCGAUCGCGGCCGGUACAUCCACGUGCACGUCCCGUACGACGGCGGAUUCGGCAAUUACGAGGGUGGCCACGAGCCGUUCCGUAAUCCCCCGUCCGACGCAUCUGGACUGUACGCGUACGUGCAAAGACCUCUGAACGAGUCUUGCUUGCGCUUGCUAGAACAGUAUUCCAAAACUUGCAGCGAUUCCACGGUGAGGGGCCCGUUCAAGACGACCGAGUUCGACAUCCGGAAGCCGUCGGUGUACACCGAGUACGGGACGCCCUACCCGGAGCUCAACUACGGAGCGUCGUCGCAGCAGAUCAAGAAAACCUCAUCCGCAACGGGGACGGAUCCUCGGGCUUCCAACUUCCCAGGACUAGGAUACCUGCCGGUGCCGAAGCCAUCCAAGGAAUACCUGCCGCCAGUCGCCGAACACCAACUCAGUGAAUCCUCCAAACAGAUCAAGGUGGUUCCCCUCGAAAGCAGAACGUUCUCCGUAACGACAGGAAGUGGCGAGCAAAUUGCAACAAAAAUUCCAGAAAAGCAAACCAGAAUCACGCUGGCUCAUCGACCAACCACGGAACCGUCGACCACACCCCGGUCAACGACGACGGCUUCGACGGCCAGAUCGACAAUCUCGUUAUCAACAACGAAAGCCGCAUCAAUCGAGCAGCAACUUCAUCAAUGUCAGCUGGAAGUGGAGUCGUUGAGGCAAAAGUUAAGCCAUUACGAAGCUGCCGAUCGUCAGUUGGCACUGGUGGGUUGUGCCUUGGCGCAGAACGAGAAGGUCAGGUUCAACGACGGCAAGUACUACCCGGAGUACUUUGGUAACGCUGGCCGUUACAACCCUGCCAACGACGGCAAGUACCGACCGGACAACAGCGGAGCCUACCGACCGGAUGACUCUGGCAAAUACAGCGGAAAAUAUGUGCCCUAUGUUUGUUUUUCUACUAGUGAUGGCAAAUACGGAGUUGGUGGACAGGGUGGAGCCGGAGGUGCUGGAUCUGGAUUUGGCGGCCAGGGCGGACAAGGAGGACAAGGAGGUGCCGGCAAGGGUUCCGGAGUAGGAAACCGUUUCGGAGGUGCUGGAGCUGGAGCUGGAGCUGGAGCUGGAGCCGGUUCCGGCGCUGGCCAGAAGGUCGUUGCCACCGUUAUCACCCCACCCAAGAAGUCCCCCAAGAUCCAAUCGUCGUCCUCGUCCGGCGCCGGCAGCGGCUUCGAUCGCAUCAAGGAACAGGUCAAGCAGUACAACGAUGAUGGCUACUACUACCGUUACCUGACCGAGCAGGACGCCCAGGUCGCAGAAACUGGACGCAUCGAGGACCGCAACACCGACAGCGAAACGCUCCGUGCCAAGGGCUUCUACGAGUACGUUGGUGAUGAUGGCGUCCGGUACCGUGUGGACUACAACGCUGACGAGAACGGAUUCGUGCCCCGUGGUGCCCAUCUGCCGACCCCACCCCCGAUCCCGGAGGCUAUCCUGCGAGCUCUCGAGUACGUGCGAAACCUGCAGCAGUAAGAAUGCCCUGGUGUAAAUCAGAGCUUGAAACACACUUAGCCAUACAAAUCUCCCCCAGUCAGACUCAAUCGAGAUCCUAUUUUUACCUGUGUUCUUAUGAAGUAAUUUAAAAUCGUUCCGAUACAUUAAAAAAGUGUAAAAAAA